AUGAUGAGACUCGCAGUUUUCGACUUGGACUACACUGUCUGGAAACCAGAAAUGUAUCAACUCUAUGGAGAACCGCGAUUGACCAAACCUUCCGCUCGCGUAUCGGCCAAGGUGUUACGAGAAGCUCGUACGAUUGAAGAUCCUAAAAUCUUGGUCGAUUCCUCUGGAACACCCAUUCAAGUCUUUCCUGGAGUUGCCCAUGCUUUGGCAGAAAUCAAUCGGCUUCGAGAUGAGGAAGGCCAUGAUAUUCGAGCUGCCGUUGCCUCCAAGACUGACGAGCCACAUUGGGCGAAAAUUUGCAUGGAUUACUUGGUGGCAAACGAUGGAUCGACCUUGAGCGAUUGCUUUGGAGACUUGGUAGAAAUUGCCUUUUCCAACAAGAAGGAACACUUUCGUCGUCUGCACAAGAAGACUGGAAUCCCAUUCGAAGAAAUGGUAUUUUUUGACAAUGAGCACUACAACAUUACCAGUGUUCAGCAGUUGGGUGUGAAAUGUGUGUACACACCGGAUGGAAUGUUGGAAGGGCACUGGGAAGAAGCUAAGCGAAAGUUUGGAAUGAGCUAA